GGUGACGCGAUCCACUCUUUUGAUGUUCUUUCGUUCGCAACGCGCGUGCUAAUAAAGCGAAGAACGCUCCUUCUCACCUGACUCAUCGAGCCGGCGACGGACAAUGCGGGCAAGAUCGGGCGUCGCGCUCGCUUUGUUUACGUCGUGACGGUCGAGAGUAGGCGACAAUGCGCAAUAACAUUCGGCUUACUGCUCAAUCCCUCGGCAUUCCUCGUUGUGUAUUGUACGCGGGCACACGAUCACCCUCAUCAAGGAUGGAUAUCUCUAACUCCGCCGUGCGACACUUGAUGUAUACGCGAGUACGAAAGAUGCUGAGCUGUGGUAUAUAUGCGAUUUAUGCGCAGCCAUUUGAUUAACCUAAGCCUAAGCGAUCUAUUAUCUCGAUGUGCGACACGAGUCUUUCAUCGUUCUGUACUGAGAAAAAAGCCUGUGUGCAACUGUGGACAUUGCUCGUUCUUUCGUCUUACGAAGCUGUGUCGUGUGACAUCGAAUUAAGGAAAAUGUGCUUUUACUGGGAUAAGGAAUCGGAAUGCCAUUUGAAUUGGUCGUUGCCAAGUGGUUGUUACAUUGAGCAUGAUAUCAAACGUUAAACAUUCAUGAUUGUGAACAAAAUAUGAAGGAUUGGAAAUACGAAUAAGGGAAGAUCUGUAAUCCUGCAUUUCUUCGUUGUCUGUUAAUAGCUAUCCUGCCUACUUAAAGCUCGAUGGCAGCUGCUUCUCUUACGAAAUUUCUAAAGCUUCGUUCUACAGCUUCGAGUGUGAUUCUCUACGUCUCGUCAAACUCUAAUAUGGAUUCAAGAUUCUUUCUUCACAGCAUUGUUAAGUAAUAGAAUCGACAGUUACAAGGAUGAGACUGGUGCACUUUUUAUAGAUAGAGACCCAAAGUUAUUCUCCAUUAUAUUGAACUAUCUUCGUACUAAGGACAUUGAUCUAAAAAAUGUAGAUAUUCGAACUUUAAGGCACGAAGCCGAAUACUAUGGCAUCACUCCUCUCGUUAAACGGUUGAUGCUCUGUGAAGAUUUGACUCAGUCAUCUUGCGGUGAUGUACUGUUUUAUGGUUAUUUACCACCUCCAAGUAUACCACUUCAAGAACCUGUUGCAGUAACAUCAAACGUUAGUGACGUAUCGGUUCAUAUUAGAGUUAGUUCUACUUCACACUCUAGAGUCGACGGACCAUCUACCUCGCAAUCUGUGACAACCACUAACUCUAUUAAUCAAAAUGCCAAUGUUCCACAAAGUCAUAAAAGUGCAUUAGCAACACAUAUGAGAAAUUCCUCUUUAGAUUAUCGAUUGCCACAACGCGGCCUUCCGCAUUCUCGCACACCAUCUUUAGAUCUGAGACAUGCAAGAAACAACUCAGCUGAUCUAAAUAAAUUGUAUAAAAAUGAUAUCGGUCUAAUAUUUGGAGCACAACAAGUUUCGUCAUGGGUGGACCCUUUAAGAGUGCAAAUCAUAAAAGCCCAUCACAAUUGGAUAGUGAUCGCUUAUGCGCAUUUUAUUACGUGCUACCGGCUGAAAGACUCAUCCGGAUGGCAACAUGUGUUUACCAGUCCGCAUAUCGAGUGUAUAAUAGAACGUGUGGCAAUAAACGCGAAGAUGGGAAGUGGCGCGGAUGGUAAAAUGGUCGCAAUCUCUUAUGGCAGUCAAGUAAGACUCUGGGGUGUGUCCGAGGAAGGGAUCAAAAUCAACGUGGGCACGUUCAAUUUGAAUGUGCGUGUAGAAUAUUUAUUUUUUAUUGGCAGCCAGUUGGUUGCAUUGUCACCGACCGGAAAAAUUGGAGUAUGGCAUGCGAUGACUCAUCACUGGCAGAUACAAGACGUAGUGCCCAUCCUGUCAUUUGAUACGGCUGGAUCUUUUCUUUUAUUAGGUUGUAACAACGGUUCUAUUUAUUAUAUUGACAUGCAAAAAUUUCCUUUGCGAAUGAAGGAUAACGACCUGCUUGUGACUGAGUUAUAUCGAGAUCCGAGUUACGAUCCUAUAACUGCGAUAUCUGUAUAUUUGACGCCAAAGACUACAUCUGAGAGGGGAAAGGGAGGUCUUUGCGGAAAUUGGAUAGAAAUCGCUUAUGGCACCAAAUCUGGAAGUGUCAGAGUAAUCGUUCAGCAUCCCGAAACUGUUGGUCACGGUCCGCAACUAUUCCAAACUUUCACAGUGCAUCAAAGCAGCGUAACCAAAGUAACACUCUCGGAAAAAUAUUUAGUGUCGGUUUGCUCGGAAUAUAAUCACGUUAGAAGUUGGGCGGUGACAAGAUUCCGCGGAAUGAUUUCGACUCAACCAGGAUCAACGCCCGAGGCGAGUUUCAAAAUUGUUUCUUUGGAAGCAAUAGAUCCUUGCGUUAGCUAUAACGCUGGCAACGAUUUUGGACCAUUCGGCGAACAAGAUGAUGAGCAAGUGUUUGUGCAAAAAGUCGUACCCGAAACUGAUCAGUUGUUCGUACGAUUAGCGUCGAAUGGAAAAAGAGUUUGCGUAAUACAGUCUGUGGACGGCAGUAUCAUAAGCUCAUUCUACGUGCACGAGUGUGAAGGUUCUAGUCGCAUGGGCUCAAGGCCCAGACGUUUUAUAUUCACUGGUCAUUCUAACGGCACUAUUCAAAUGUGGGAUCUCACAACGGCAUUAGAUCCGUCUUUCAAUGCCACUCAAGCAAAAGACACCUCUGGUGGACCUACGCCAGAAGAACUCUGGAAGUUGUUGGAUCAAUGUGAUCUGAGCAACAGUCAUUGCUCAACGCCUUGCAUCAGUCCGUCUCCUUCGUUGCUCGCAGCUGGACCUAGAAUUAAGUCGAGCAACGUAUUGUUUCUCAAUCAAUCGCAAAAUCCAGACCCAGCGCCUGGACCAAGUCAGACAUGAGAAUGUAUCUGCUCGAGGUACGUUGUGCCAAAGUGCACGCAAUCAGAAUCUGCAUUUAUUUAAUUAUUUAUUUAUUAAUGAGCAGCUGAGCCGUCAAAAAGUCUGUAGCCAUAGUUCCUAAAUCACCAUCUUUGCAUUUUCACUAACGAUGGGAUUAAGUCUUAAUCUUACAAGUAAGCUUACGUAAUCUCGAAGUUUAUAAUUAUUUUGAAAAGUAAAAGCAUUUUCACAAAAGUAAAAUAAACUCAAACGUAGACAAAAUAGAUUCAAACCUUUUACGAGUACCUUAAAACAUAAUAGUAUUAUUUCUAAAUAAACUUGAGCCAAAUGUGUUCGAAUUCUUUACAAGUAUUUUACUGGAAAUUUUAUUUCUAGUAAAAAAAUUUAUUUACUAAGAAUGUCAAGUAUUACUUGUAAAAGAUUCUUUAUGAUAUAAAUUAUUUAUCACUACAUUUCUCGAAUUCUUGCAGAUGCUUACAAAUUUUAAAAUUCGAGGAUUUCUAGUCGAUUAUUUCGCAAGUAUAAAUGUCUAAAAUAUUAUUUCUUAUGAAUAUUAUUUGAAUUCUAGAAAGUGAAACUUGGAUUUGGUUUAGAUUUUUAAAUACUUAUUGAACUUGAUCCCAUCUCUAAUUUUCAUAUCUAUUAAAACCGGAGUUCACUAUUUAUCUUAAACACAGUGCAAUUUAUAAAUAAUACAGCAAAGGACAUGACUGCAUUUAUGAACUUUAUAGCCAUUAAUGUUGAAACGAUUAUUUUAAUAGGAAAUUUUUUCUUGUGCGUAAGUAUAUGUAGAUGUUUAUUAAAUUAUAUUUUUAAGAAAGUUUGAUAAUGCUAUCGCUUUUGAACGUACCCAAAAGUACUAAUUUAUUAAUUGUUAUUAAUAUUGACAUAUAAUAACAAAAUUUUUCGAAAAUUUACUAUUUCAGAAAUUUUAUUAAUAUUUAGGAGCUUAAUUAUAUUAUGUUUAUUUAUGAUAUUUAUAUUGUUCGAAAUGUAAAUUUAUAUAUUUUGUCUUGUUUAAUAAGGUAAGGGAAGGAAUAGACAUUCGAUGGAAUCAUGAACUGAUAGUAUAAGUUAAACGUUUUGUUUAUAUAUAUUCUUUAUCGAUGUUACAAAGUAAAUCAAAUACGAGCUGAUCAUACACGAAAUCAUGUUAUUUGUCACAUUAUUUUAAUGUCUCGCAACGCAUUAAAACAAGUUUAUCAUAUUUUUUAAAUUCUGAUAAAUGUUAAUAAAUUGUAAAUCAUUGUAACCGUCGUUAUAUAUUAAAUAAUUCUAUAUAGGGAUUUUGCUUCGACUGUAAAGCUAAACACUAGCUUAUAUCUAUUUCAACAUUGUAUCAACAUUUCAUGCCCUGAAUAUUAUUCAAGAAGCUGACCAUUCAUCUCUCGAUUAAAGAACGAUAUACAUUAUGUGUGCAAUUUAAAAUAUUACACAUAUUCGAAAACCGAAUUGUACUCUCAUUAUAUACAAUUACUUUACAAUGGCUUUACUGCAUAUAUAAUGUAUAGCGUUCAUCGAUGUACAUAUACAUAUAUAAAACUUAUAAUAAUAAUUGUUGCGUAUCCGCAUUACUUCUGUGAUUUAAAUAAACCAUUGGUAUGAGUGUA